AUAUCAUACACGUAGUGCAUUAACAUAAUAAAAUACUGCAUUUGAUUAUUUUAUUUUUAUGUAUUUUGUUUUGAUACCAACUUACUGUACUAAUUUUCAUUUGUGUGAUUAAAAAAAAAAUCAAAAUGAACGGAAUUGCACUCUUCGUGCCUUUGUACACCAUUGCGGUGCUUAUCAUCGGUGCCUCAAUCACAGCUGGUAUUUUUGUAUUCCACGUUGCUGUCGCACCCCUCGUAUUCAAAUACUCCAAAACGUUCCGUAGAAGCCUUAUUUUUGCUAACUUCGUCCAAUGGCCUUUGAACAUAGACUUCGACGAUCCAAAGGCAAGCGGCGUAGAAGGAGGCAGAAAUUUCAACAUCGAGUACAAAUCGAAAGUUGACAAUUGUAACAUUAGGAUCGGCGUUUGGCACAUUCUACCGAAGAGUGCAUACGAAAAAUUAAAAGGUAGCUUCGAAGAGAAUGCCGAUAAGGAAGAGUUAAACAAACUCAUGGACGCAGAGUUAAAUGACUCCAAGUAUCCCAUCGUUCUUUACUGUCAUGGUAAUUCCAAUAACCGCGCGACGUCACAUCGAGUUCAACUUUACAAUUUCUUUCAAAAAAUGGACUAUCAUACGAUCGCUUUUGACUACAGAGGUUAUGGUGAUUCAACAAAGGUGAAACCGAGUGAAGAUGGUGUCGUGGAAGAUUCUUUAAUCGUGUACGACUGGCUCAACUCCACUAUAGAGAAGGCGCCCGCGAAGCCGCCAGUUUUUGUAUGGGGACAUUCUCUUGGAACGGGGAUAUCCUCACAUCUCCUAGGCAAUCUAGAUAGGUUAUCUAAGAAUAUCCUAGAACGCUCUAGCGCCUUGCCGAGACCCAAUGGAUUGAUAUUGGAAGCGCCCUUCAAUAACUUAGAGGACGAAGUUUAUUAUCAUCCUUUAAGUUUCCUAGUGUCCUGGCUGCCAUACUUUAGAAAAAUGUUUGUGGAACCCUUCGUGAAUUGUCCGGAACACUCCUUCCGUUCGAGCGAACACCUCGCCCGGGAACCGAACCUGCCUAUACUGGUGUUACACUCUAAAGACGAUAAGAUCGUGUCGCACUAUGUGGGUGAGAAGCUGUACAAGGAAGUAUUAGCGUCUCGGGGCUCCGACGGGGCUACAAUUAAACUACAUUCCUUUGACGAGAAAGAAAACCUAGGACACAAGGGGAUCUGUCUAGCUAAAGAUCUGUCUCAGGUCGUCGGUGAUUUCGUGUCAAACCACCGAUGAGAAAAUUAGACUAGUACACUUACGCUUAGCAAUCUCUGGGGGUACAGCGCUUGCAAACAAUUUACACUGCUUUCUAAUUUAUUAAAAUAAAUAAUUUGAAACUGAAA